UCGGCCUGCGAACAGUGUUUUAGUGCGUACCAAAAUAAUUAACUUGAGCGCACGUUCUGAUUGUGCCUGGUGCCCCCAAACUACCGCGCCCCUUAAUAAAACAAAACAAAAACAUUGAGUGUUAAGUGUUCAUAAAAAUAUCUCUUUUGUUUACACUUGGGUACUUACAGCGUACUUUAUAAAACUGUGAACUCAGUGGUACCUUUUUCCGACCGACUAUCAAUUUGGCGUUUUCCCGUAAAAUGGAAUUUAUCUUUAAGUGUUUAUCGUAAUAAUCAUCAUCAACAUCAUCAUCGUCGUCGUCUUCGUCGUCGUCGUCGUUGUCAUUGUCAUUGUCAUUGUCGUCUUAGUCUUCGCCUUCGUCUUGGUCUUAGUUUUAGUCUUCGUGGUUCGUUUUUUUCCCCAUCAUCGUCUUUUUCUGCGAUCCCGUCUCCCGUCACCCGCUUCCCGUAUAAUAAUUACAAAUCGAUUUUAGGGAGCGAGACUCCUCUACUACUUAGAUAGAAAAUUAAAUUAAUUUUGUUGUUUUUCUCACAAGUUUUUACUACCCCCUCGCCCUGAUAGUCAGAGUCACCCUUCGCCAACACUUCGACUGCGACUUCGACUUCGACCUACUAUCUACUCGUAUCCUAUCCUUGGGGGGUAGGUUGAGAAAGUGCUUUGGUGUGGUGCGAUAGUAGACUUCGGUUCGUAAGAAAGAGCAAGCGAGAGAGCCAAAAACAAAACACCAGCCACAAGCAACGAACAAAAAGUUAUAAAUGAGAUAUUUCGAAUUGGAGGGAACAGGGAACCAAAAGGAGUGCGAGGUUUGUUUUUAGUAAACAUUGCUUCCCCAUGUUAUUUAUUGCUAAUAAAACGGAAUAAUAAAUGAAAUCAAAUAAAUAUAUAACAUCGCCGUCGGUAGAUACUCGUACCAAAGUUUAGUGCGCUUUUUCUUUAUUAUAAUCAAUAAAUACAAUCGAUGAAGCUCCAAUAUCUACGUAAAAGUUGAUAAUUUAUCUAUAAAAUGUUUGGUUUUUAAAAAACCACAGUGUGAUGUGAACAAACUUUACCACAAGAGUUUUUAUUUGUCACCUUGAAUUGUUGAAAGAAAAACAAUAAAGAAUAUUUUGAAAACAAAAGUGUGAACAAUAUUUACAAAAAAAAAAAAAAAAUUAUACAAAAUGGAUGUAAUAAAAGAUUUAAGUCAAUUCAGUAGUGAACCAUUUCUAAAGAGUCUAUCGCCGGCUUCAACAGGUGACAUUCCACCGUCUCCGUCACGUCUCGACGAUGAACGGAUCGAAGUGCCAAUGCCCAAGUCACAUUCGUUGCCAGCCUCCCCAUCGCAGCACCAUUUGAGUGUUAUUCCCCAUCACAGCAUUAUCCCUGAGGUUCGUUCGCCUUUCAAAGAGAACAACAACAAAGAAGCAAUAAACUUUUCUUCAUCCAAAAGCCCAGAACCCUUUUCAGCAAUAGCAACAACAGCAGCAAAAAUACAUCCCCCGGCUGAAACCCAGAUUAGGCCAUCAUCUAGGCCAGCAGCUCCAUCAAGUCCCACUUCCUCGUCGAGAAAUCAAUCGCAUCAGCAAUUCUGCCUGCGAUGGAAUAAUUACCAAACCAAUUUGACAAAUGUCUUCGACGAGCUGUUGCAGAGCGAAUCGUUUGUCGAUGUGACACUCGCCUGCGAGGGUCAGUCCAUCAAGGCCCACAAAAUGGUGCUCUCCGCCUGCAGUCCGUAUUUUCAAUCGCUGUUCUACGACAACCCGUGCCAGCACCCGAUAGUGAUUAUGCGUGACGUGGGCUGGAGUGAGCUGAAGGCCAUCAUGGAAUUCAUGUACAAAGGCGAAAUCAAUGUGAGUCAGGAUCAGAUAAAUCCGCUGCUGAAAGUCGCCGAAAUGCUCAAGAUACGAGGUCUGGCCGAGGUGAACACCACUGAUACCGCAGAUGACAUCAGUGCCAUGGCAAGUGCAACAUUAGUCGCGGAUGGCGGCAUCGGUGUUAGAGGCGAGGAGGCAGCUACUGCUACAUCACGCAGGUCACCACCAUCGCCGAAAAAACCACGUCUUCACGUAAACACCGAAAAGCUGUUGGAGGUGAAUUUGUCUUCGGCUGGAGGACGCAAGCGCAGUAGAUCCCCAUCUCCUGCCACCAUAAUGGAACACCACCAUCAACAACACAAAGAAAAACAAAAACAAUUGCACCAAGAACAGCUCCAGCAGCACCAGCAACAACAACAACACCAACAACAACAACAACAACAGCAACAGCAACAACAGUCACAGCAUCAAUACCAAGCACGGCAUCAGCAAUUGCCGCCACAGGAAUGUCCUUCGCCGUCCAUGUCUUCAUCAUCUGUGCGAAAUCCUUUUGCAUCGCCAAUACCCCCGCAUCACUCGUCGUCCUCAUCGUCACAGGCUUCAAAUAAUCAUUCAUCAUCUGGUGGAAAUGGCGGAGGAGGCGCAGGUGGAGGCGGAGGUGGUGGAAGCAGUGGAACUAAUAGCGGUGGCGGCAAUGGAACUGGUAGCGGCAAUGGAAAUGGAGCUGGAAGUGGAGGUGGUGGUGGUGGCUAUCCGAUCGCGACACCACCUGCUGCCGAAUCAAUGAGUCUGUCUGCUUUAGGUAUUAAUCAUGUGGACGAGAUGGAGAUCAAACCUGAAAUUGCUGAGAUGAUUCGUGAGGAAGAGCGGGCUAAGCUGAUUGAAGGAGCACAUCCCUGGAUGAGUGGUGCUGGAUCCUCAUCAGUUGCUGAUAGCUAUCAAUAUCAAUUACAAUCAAUGUGGCAGAAAUGUUGGAACACCAACCAACAGAGCCUCGUUCAACAGUUGCGCUUUCGUGAACGUGGGCCUUUAAAAUCGUGGCGACCCGAAUCAAUGGCCGAGGCUAUUUUUAGUGUUUUAAAAGAAGGCCUCUCAUUGUCACAAGCAGCCCGAAAAUAUGACAUCCCGUAUCCGACUUUUGUUUUGUAUGCCAAUCGAGUUCAUAAUAUGUUGGGACCAUCGCUAGAUGGCGGGACAGAUCCUCGACCCAAAGCACGAGGGCGUCCGCAAAGAAUUCUACUGGGAAUGUGGCCGGAAGAGUUGAUUCGAUCGGUCAUAAAAGCAGUCGUUUUUCGUGAUUAUCGCGAGAUCAAAGAAGAGACAGUGCAGAUGUAUGCAAAUGGUGGAGGAGGUGGAGCAGCUGCAACAGCUCAUUCGUCACAAUAUGGAAUGCCAGGAACUCCCACAAACGGCUCUUCAUCCAAUGGUUAUCACAACAAACUAGGAUCACAUCCUUCGGAUGCAGCAAGUCCUCUAUCAACCAUGGCAGAAACCCUCCGUCGUCAGAUCCAAAUGUCACAGCAAUCGCCGUCACCGUCACUCAAUAUGUACAAGUCACCAGCCUUCCUGCAAAGAUCCGAAAUGGAAGACCCGAUGUCUAAGAGAAGUUCUUCCGAACAUCAUUUGGGAAACGCUAAGAUGCCGGACAAUUUACCCGACCUCAGUGCCCUGGGUCUAAUGGGAAUUCCUGGUCUCAAUGUCAUUCCUCAAGGUCGUGCACAGCACCAGAUGCCCCAUCAACAACAGCCGCAACAUCACCAGCAAAAUUCCUCCUAUUCAAGUCGAGAACUGAAAGAGAGCAUGCAGCAGCACAUGUCAAAUGCAAUGUCACAAGCCGCCGCUGUUGCCGCAGCAUCAAGACCGCAGCUACCCUACGGCCAGCAACGAAGUGGCAGCUCAAAUAGCAGUAGUAGUUCCCAGCAAAAGCCCACAAGCAGUUCACCCUUCUCCCUUAAUUUCAAGUCAAAAGGUGACCCCUCACCCUACAAGUUUCCCGAUAAACGUAUGUUAGAAGGUCUCACUCCCGGCAUAGAUUUUGAGGCUAUUGCCAAUGGUUUGCUGCAAAAAUCGCACAAGGCCUCACCCCGUUUCGAAGACUUCUUUCCCGGCCCCGAUGUAAGUGAACUAUUCGCGGCGAAUUCAGCCUCCGAAGCCGCUGCCGCUGGCUACCCUAUGAAAGAUCAUCCCAUAGCCAAGAUAAAGCUGGAACAACAGCAUCACAGUUCCGACAACCAUGAGGAAUAAAUUCCAAACCGAUCACAGACUGUUUUUUUGUUUUCAUUCUAGUUGGUUAAAAAUAAAAGAUUUCUAAAAUCUUCAUUAAUAUAAAGCUAUUUUUUAUUAUAAGAGUGUCUGCGCAAUAUUUAAACCUUAGAUACAAUAUCUUUUCCUAUACUAUAUACAUACAUACAUUAUACAUCCAUAAAAACAAAGCUGUGUACGUGUAAAAGAUAUAUACUGAUACUUUUCUCUGUGUAGAAUUUUGGAAGCAAACUUAGUUUAUUAAACGUGUUUUUUAGACUUAACUUUACAAUAUAAUGUAUACUCUACCAUUAAGGCUUAUAUAAUAUAAUUAAAAAUUUACUUUUAAGAAAUAAAAAAAA